AUGCGUAUUCUAAAUGUCCCCUCCUCUCGGAUAAUACAAUAUUUUGGAGCCAUGUCGAUAGCUACAGAUACAAAGGUGUUUGUGGUGAUAAUGUUUGACAGGACUGCCAGGGUGUUGUUUGGAUGCUCGGCAGAUGAGUUCUUUGAUUUUGCAAAGACCAACCCUUAUGCUGCCAUGGCAGCAGGUGGGGCAUUGGAGGGGGAGAUGCUGGCAGUGACACUAUCAAAGCCGAAAAAUGGUAAUGCACAACACAUUUGA